ACGUUUCAUGUCACACUGUAUACAUAACACAGCGCGGUGCAGUUUUCCAUAUUCCCCACCGGCCGAGGGAAGAAAGUGAAAGAAAAACAGAAAAAAAAGGAACUAAAUCACGAUCAACCGGACGUUCCCCGUUCGUAUCCUCCCGGCGGGCACCUCCCGCCCAUCUCACAGCUAGUUACGAAACACACCACCAUGGCCACCUAUCUGGCAACCGCACUGAAGCGGCUCGUCCUCACACAGCCCGCCGGCCUGGCAUCGGCGGUGCGGCUCCUCCCGGCGGCGGCCAGCCUGCACACGGCCGGCGGCCCGCUCGCGAAAAACUGGAACGGCCACAAUGCCGGCCCGCAGCGCUGGCUCCAGUACAACAAGGUCAUCUAUCCGCCCCAGCAGCCGGACGAGCCGGCCCGGCCGGCCUACGUCUGCCACCAGAAGACGAACAUCAAGUACAGCCCGAAGAAGAUGUGGUACGUCGCGUCGUUCGUGCGCGGCAUGACGGUGGACGAGGCCGUCCGGCAGCUGUCCUUUGUCGACAAGAAGGGCGCGAGCUACGUGAAGGAGGCCAUCCUCGAGGCGGUCGAGCUGGCGGUCAAGCGGCACAACGUCGAGUACCGGACGAACCUGUGGGUGGCGGAAUCGUUCUGCGGCAAGGGGCGCGUCUUCAAGGGCAUGCGGCGGCACGCGCGCGGCCGGACCGGCGAGGUCGAGUACAAGCACUGCCACUACUUUGUCCGGCUGGAGGAGGGGACGCCGCCCGCCCACUACUACCCGGCCGCACCGAAGACGGGCGAGCAGCAGCUGGCCGAGUGGGAGGAGGCGAUGCGUAAGCGCAAGGUGACCGGUUCGCUGUGAGUGGAACUGGGCCGGCAGUUUGUUAAAUAAAGCGAUGUAGAAAGGAAACAGCA